AUGGCCAACUCGCGGCGCCACGCGCCAGGUGAGGAUGGCCUGCGCGCAGUCGACCUGGUCACCGACCAUCUGGAGAAGCCCUCAUUAGAUGACCGCACUUAUCGGGUCAUCCGGCUGCCUAACCAGAUCGAGGUACUGCUGGUGCACGACCCCCAGACAGACAAGGCCAGCGCGGCCAUGGACGUCAACGUGGGAAACUUUAGCGAUGAAGACGACAUGCCGGGUAUGGCCCACGCUGUUGAACAUCUCCUCUUCAUGGGUACCAAGAAAUACCCAACUGAGAAUGACUACAGUCAAUAUCUGGCAGCUCAUUCUGGGUCUGGCAAUGCAUGGACCGCAUCAACGUCUACCAAUUACCACUUCGAGCUGUCCGCCAAGCCCAGCAACGAUGAGGAGCCCACGGCUGCCAACCCCUCGCCUUUGCUGGGCGCCUUGGACCGCUUCGCUCAGUUCUUCGUCGAGCCGCUCUUUCUUGAGAGCGCCCUAGACCGUGAGCUCCAGGCCGUAGACUCAGAGAACAAGAAGAACCUCCAGAGCGACCAGUGGCGGCUGCACCAGCUUGAAAAGGCCUUGGCUAAUCCGAAGCACCCAUACUACCACUUCUCCACCGGGAACCUCGAGACGCUUAAGACGCUGCCCGAAUCCCGAGGAAUUAACAUACGGGAUAAAUUCAUCGAGUUCUACGAGAAGCACUACUCGGCCAAUUUAAUGAAGCUGUGCGUCCUUGGGCGGGAGCCUCUGGAUGUGCUAGAGUCUUGGGUCUCGGAGUACUUUUCUGUCAUAAAGAACAAGGCGCUGAAGCCAGGCCGCUGGGAGGGCGAAGUUCCUUGGGGCAAGGACCAACUCGGAGUCCAAUGUUUUGCGAAGCCCGUCAUGGAUUCGAGAGAGCUCGAUUUGAGCUUCCCGUUUCUGGACGAGGACCUCCUCUUCGAGACGCUGCCAGGCCGCUACCUCAGCCAUUUGAUUGGCCAUGAAGGCCCGGGGAGCGUCAUGGCUUAUAUCAAGUCGAUGGGUUGGGCCAAUGGCCUGACCGCGGGCGCUUAUCCAAUCUGUCCUGGAACCCCUGGCGUGUUCGGGUGCCAGAUACGGUUGACCAAAGAGGGGCUCAAGAACUACAAAGACGUCGUCAAGGCGGUCUUCCAAUACAUUGCUCUCCUGCGGGAGGCGGGACCUAAACAAUGGAUCUUUGACGAGCAAAAAGGCAUGGCGGACGUGGAUUUUAAAUUCAAGCAAAAGUCGCAGGCGUCGCGCUUCACCAGCAGAGUCACCAACGAGAUGCAGCAACCGUUGCCACGGGAAUGGCUCUUGAGCGGGCUUAGGGUGUUCCGCAAAUACGAUGCCAAGCUGAUCAAGCAGGCGCUUGAUUGCUUACGUCCCGACAACUUCCGCAUGUCAGUCGUCUCGCAAGAAUUCCCAGGGAAGUGGGAACACAAGGAGAAGUGGUAUGGGACCGAAUACACGGUGCAGCCCAUAUCGCAAGAUUUCAUGGAAGAAAUCAAGAAGGCCGCAGCUACCUCGGCUAAGGAUCGAAUUCCAAAACUCUACCUUCCGCACAAGAAUCAGUUUAUCCCGACUAAACUUGAAGUUGAGAAGAAAGAGGUAAAAGAGCCGGCGCUUGCGCCUAGGAUCGUGAGGAACGACGAGCUGGUUCGCACAUGGUACAAGAAGGACGACACAUUCUGGGUCCCCAAGGCAAACUUAAUUGUGAGCUGCAAGAGCCCCAUCGUUUAUGCGAAAGCAGCGAACGCGGUAAAGGCUCGGCUGUUCACGGACCUUGUCAAAGACGCCCUGGAAGAGUACUCGUACGACGCAGAGCUGGCAGGCCUGCAGUACAGCGUGUCGCUGGAUAGCCGAGGACUGUUUAUCGAGGUAUCCGGCUACAACGACAAGCUCGCGGUUCUGCUGGAACAGGUGCUGAUCACGGUACGUGAUCUCGAGAUCCGGGAGGACCGAUUUGCUAUCAUCAAAGAGCGCCUCACCAGGGGCUAUCGUAACUGGGAGCUCCAGCAACCGUGGACGCAAAUCGGCGACGUUACAGGCUGGCUGAUUUCCGAACACGACUAUGUGGUCGAGGAGCUGGAAGCCGAACUUCCGACCAUCACGGCUGACGACGUUCGGUUGUUCAGAAAGGAGCUCCUCUCUCAAAUGCACGUGGAGCUAUACGUUCAUGGCAACCUCUACAAGGAGGACUCGCUCAAGUUGACCGACAUGCUCGAAUCGACACUGAAACCUAGAGUGUUGCCUCGCGCACAGUGGCCGAUCCAGCGUUCGCUAAUCUUCCCGCCAGGGUCCAACUACAUCUGGAAGAAGACGCUCAAGGACGCGGCCAAUGUCAACCAUUGCAUCGAGUACUGGCUUUAUGUAGGCGACAAGGCAGACCGCCAGAUCCGCGCCAAGACGUUGCUACUGAACCAGGUCAUGCACGAGCCUUCCUUUGAUCAGCUCCGAACCAAGGAGCAGCUUGGCUACAUUGUCUAUUCGGGCAUCCGACCUGGUGCGACUACGUACGGAAUACGCUUCAUCAUCCAGAGCGAGAAGACCGCGCCUUUCCUUGAGACUAGGAUUGAGGGCUUCUUGGAAUCCAUGGUCAAGAUUAUUGACUCGAUGAGCGAAACAGAAUUUGAGAACCAUAAGCGCAGCUUGAUUGUCAAGCGGCUCGAGACACCCAAGAACCUUGACCAGGAGACCAGCAAGCACUGGAACCAGAUCCACAGCGAAUAUUAUGAUUUUGAAUCCGCCCAGCAGGAUGCAGCUCAUAUUAAAGCGUUAACCAAGGCGGAGUUGCUCGAGUUUUACAAUCAUUAUGUCCACCCCUCGUCGCCGCACCGGGCUAAGCUUGCCGUUUAUUUCAUCGCGCAAGCUAAGAGCGAUGUGUCGACUAAGCAGAUUUCGGAGCUCGUCAGCACGUUGGGGCUGAGCUCGGACGCGUCUGCCCAGGCCGCCACUGACCUCCAGGCCAGGCUGAGCGCGGCAGGCCAUGACAUGGAUAAGGAGAUUGAGGGUCUUAGACAAUACCUCCUCCACGAGCUGAAGGUGUCCGAGGACAAGAUCGAGGCUGCCACGGAGGCGUGGAAGAAACUACACAAAGACAAAAUUGAAGCGAACGGGGUGGUUAAGGACGCAGAUCCGCCAUCGUCGAACGGGACGACGCCUCAAAUCAUCGAAGAUGUGCGGAAUUUCAAGGCGGGCCUCGCAGCAACUGGCGGGGCUCGUCCGGCGAAGGACCUCAGCGAGUAUGAAGAGUUAGACUCGAAGCUGUGA